UCUUUUUUCCCCGCCCCAGAGAAACACUUGGUCCUCCUUCGAGAUGGCAGAACGCUGAUUGGAUAUUUACGCAGCAUUGAUCAGUUUGCAAAUUUGGUUUUACACCAAACAGUGGAGCGCAUUCAUGUGGGAAAAAAAUAUGGUGACAUCCCUCGUGGCAUCUUCGUAGUGAGAGGCGAGAAUGUUGUACUCCUGGGAGAAAUUGAUCUAGAAAAAGAAAGUGACACCCCUUUGCAGCAAGUAUCAAUAGAGGAGAUCUUGGAAGUUCAACGGGUAGAGCAGCAAGCUAAGCAAGAAUCAGAGAAGUUAAAAAUGCAAGCGCUGAAGGAGCGAGGCCUCUCCAUCCCAAGGGCUGAUACGCUAGAUGAAUACUAAGUGUUCGCUUGAACUGUCUCCCCAAAUUGAAGAUAUUGCGUACUGAAGUGCCCAAGUGAUGGACAACUGUUUUUUUUUUAUUAUUAUUGUUAUUUUGGAUUUUUCCCCCAAGCGCAGAAAACAGUCUAAUCAUCAUGACGUACACUGUCGUUCCUCCUGUUUCGCAAAAUCAUUAUUUCUGAAGACAUCAGGAAUGCUGAUAUUUUCAUAUAAUCCAGCAUGAUCGGGCAUCUGUAAAAGAGAAUGCUGGUUUAGGACAACAUUUCUUUUAUCUUUUUUUUUUUUUUUAUACAGUGAUGACUUCUGGAAGAAGUGGGGAAGUAACACACUCUAACCUGUAAAUAAAAAGUGAUUCUGAGCACUGCUAUGGCCAAGGCGGAAGCUCUACUGAGAA